AACGAGUAGGAAUACAGGCAACCUGUCGAAAAACUUCGUGAACUUUUCAGGAAGUGACAAAAAGCAUGAAUAUAUUUGUUAUUGUAACAUAAUUUUACAGGCCACUCGUAGCUAGAAUUAUGCGAGGUAGAUGGAAUAACGAAGAAUGAAUACAAUUACUGUCAUAGUGGUGGGCUUUUUUCUACAAGUGUGUUCUAAAGAUUUGGAAGACACCUGGUACAGAGGAUGUUUAAACAGCCAUAAAAUAGAACAGUACAAGGAUAGUGAAAUUUUUAAUGAUGUUGACUCUGUUGCAGAGUGCUCAAAGAAUUGCUUUGAUAGAAGAUUUUUGUAUGUUGGUGUUCAACUGAAUGAUGUCCAUGUUCUUAACAAAGAUGCCCAGUCUAAUAAUGUGACAGGAAAAUAUGUGACACAGUCUGGUUAUACUACUAGAGAUGGGGCACAGUCUGUAGUGGCAGACCAAUCAGUAAAGUCGAGAAAUUUGAAAGCCCAGUCUACUCUCUGUUGUGUCUGCUUAAACAUUUCAUCUGAUGAUGUUGACAAUUGUCAUCAAACUCUACUCAGAAACAGCAACAAUGGGUUGCCUGUUGGAGUUGUACACACAACAUGGGCAAUAUAUACCAGUGUUGGACCUUUCUUGACAACCGUAACCAUAGAAACAGAUGAUGGUGUUGCUAUUGUAAAUAAACCAGUGGCUAUUGAGAUACAUGUGACAAGAGCAGCUUCGAAAAAUGUCACAAAAG